UCUCCUCAAAUCUUGUUUAACAAGGGACCCUAAAAUUUAGGCGUGUUCAUAGGUUGUCUGCCCAUUGUUACUUUUUUUAAGCUCUCACUUUCAUUUCUCUCCUCACUUCAUACUCAAUAAAUAUUUAAUUUAAUUAAAUAAAUCUUCCCCAAAGUUAUAAUCUUUUUUCAAACCCCAUCAGAUCUUGAUCCAUCAACAGCAUGUUAAGAUUCAUCUUUUUAUCUCUCACUCUUCUCUUAUUUCUCACUUUCAACAUCAUUGUUACAAAAUCUUCCGAACUUGAUGAAUUUGACGAACUCUUAGCAUUAGAUGAGGAAUUAGACCGUGAAACAAACCUCGACAACAGUAUCAAAUUUUCCGAAGCAAAGGUUUUGACAAAAGCACAAAGAAUCGUUCAUGAACUCAACAAUGACAACACAAAAAGGGUUAUUAAUGGGUAUGAGUUUGUUCUUGUUCUUGGUUAUGCACCUUGGUGUUCAAGGAGUGCUGAACUUAUGCCACUUUUUGCUGAAGCUGCUAAUUCUCUCAAUGAAUUUGGAAGUUCUCUUGUUAUGGCUAAGUUGGAUGCUGAUAGGUAUCCUAAGCCUGCUUCUUUACUUGGGAUUAAAGGGUACCCUACUUUGCUUCUCUUUGUUAAUGGGACCUCUCAACCUUACUCUGGUGGUUUCACAGCGGAUGAUAUAGUCAUAUGGGCAAGAAAAAAGACUGGUACGCCUGUUAUUCGGAUAAAUACAGAGAGAGAGGCAGAGGAAUUUCUGAAAAAGUAUCACUCUUUUCUCAUUGGUCGGUUUGAUAAAUUUGAGGGCCCUGAAUACGAAGAAUUUGUGAGUGCUGCAAAAUCCGAUAAUGAAACACAGUUUGUUGAAGUGAGUAAGGUAGAGCUUGCCCAAGUUCUUUAUCCAGAUACCAAGCCUACUGAUAAUUUUCUUGGGAUUGUUAAGAGCGAACCUGAAAGAUACACCGCAUAUGAGGGAGCUUUCACAAAGGAUAAAAUACUGGAGUUUUUAAGCUACAACAAAUUUCCAUUAGUUACAAAACUGACUGAAAUGAAUUCUGUCAGAGUCUACGCCAGCCCAAUCAAGCAUCAGGUUUUUGUCUUUGCAAACAUUGAUGACUUCAAGAAUCUUCGUGAUUCACUUCAAGACGUAGCAAGAUCUUUUAAGUCGAAGAUAAUGUUUAUAUAUGUGGAUGUUAAUGACGAGAACCUUGCAAAGCCCUUCCUAGCUUUGUUUGGACUUGAAGAAUCAACAAAUAUUGUGGUAGCUGCAUUUGAUAAUGGAAUGAGCUCAAAAUUUCUGUUGGAGUCAAAACCAACACGAACCAAUAUUGAAGAGUUCUGCAGUAAUCUUGUGCAAGGUUCUAUAUCACCUUACUUCAAGUCGCAGCCAAUACCUGAUAAUACUGAAGCUAGUGUCCGUGUUAUUGUUGGGAAAACAUUUGAUGAAGAAAUUUUGAGCAGCGAGAAGGAUGUGGUUUUGGAGGUAUUCACGCCUUGGUGUUUCAACUGUGAGGACACAAGUAAACAAGUAGAGAAGUUGGCGAAGCACUACAAAGGAUCAAGUAAUCUAAUAUUUGCAAGGAUAGAUUCUUCAGUAAAUGAACAUCCAAAACUGCAAGUGAAUGACUAUCCUACACUUUUACUUUACAGAGCAAAUGAUAAGACGAAUCCGAUUAAACUUCCUACAAAAUCUAGUUUGAAAGAAUUGGCUGCAUCCAUCAACAAACACGUAAAAAUCAAGAAUCAAGUUGACAAAGAUGAACUAUAGAGCAAAUCAAAAUGUUUUGGGAGAAAAGCAAUUAACCUCUAGAAAGGAUUAGGUCACCGCCAAAUGGCAAAAAAGCUUGAGUAGUGAUGAACUAGUGCUUACUGUUCAAUAUUUUUCCAUUCAAAUCUCAUAGAAGAACCACCCCUAUAAAAUUCAACAUUUUGGGACAUACAUUACUAUCUAAUUAUAUGAAAGUCUUUAAUUUUCAUUUUCUUUUGUAAACGAAGUCUCUUUUUAUAGUUUAAGUAAUCAAUAUAUUUAUAGAUUUGUGAAAUUAAGGAAAUUAAUGUGCUUGUAUCCAUGAACUAUUUCAUGACUUGCAUUCAAUGCAUUGCAUAUUGGUUUUAA